UCGCAGUGCUGCCGCCGAUUAGGGGAACCGCGGCUGCCUUCGUUCUGGGUAGUCGCCCUUAUACUCCCUACCCCCUUCUCAACUCAUAGGAUUAAUACCAACAACUAGAAAAAUAUGUGGGGAAUAUAUACGAAGAAUAUAUCAGUUUUAGAUCAUUAUAAUUCGAUUUUUAUUCUGUGUGUGUCUGUUUUUUCGCACGAUUUUGAUGUGUAAAAUCCACGUGAUUUCCAAGAAUUAAAGUCAUAUCCAUUCCUACUAAACUGCUAAAAUUUAGAAGCAUAUCUAUCUGGAAUGAAAAAUAGAGUAGUUCUUGUUAAAUUUUUAAACAGUUAUUGUGUAAAAAAACAUAUCAAAUGAUAAUUUUUAGAGGAAAAAAUACAAGUGGAAUUCGCAAACGAUUGUGAGAAACAUAUCAAACGAUUAUUUUGUGAAAGAAAAAUUCCAUAUAAAAUUCUCAAACGAUUCACGAUGUGAAAGAAAUAUCAAAAGAUAAUUAUCAUGUAAAUCAAACGAUAGUUUUUAUCCGGAACGAAUAUCAAACGAAUGCAUAUUUUUCAACGGUUUUAAUUAACCGGAAUUAGAGUUUUCCUAAAAAUAUUUCUAAAUAUUCUACUCAAAGUUUUAUGAUGAUAAGAUUAUAUUUUGUUUCAAAUGAAUAUGCUGUUCAUUGUAAAGAUAAAUUAGUGUUAGCGGAAUUUCUAUCGAAAUUAGUGCAUUGUGCAACGAAAACGGAAGCUUUUGAAUCUGUGAUAAAGCGCUCAAACCAAUUAAAUGUGAUCAAACGAUACUUGAGAGAAAUUAUUACGAUCAUCAUCACACAGAUUGGAAUAUUUGUCCACGAAUCAUCACCAAACUGUAUCCUUUGAAUAUAAUUUUUUUAUUUCAGGUUCUUCGUGUUAUUCUUCUAGCUGUUUUACUCAUCUAGUCGUUUGGAAAUGCCUGUUUAUCACCUGAAAAUUCUUCUUUUCUUAAUCAUCUAUGGAUGUUUAAAUGUGUGUCGAGCUGAUGGGGACUACUCUCAGCGAGAAUACGUCAAAUUCCUGACCAACCCUCCGAGAAUCGAGACGGCUCCCCAGAACCAGACUGUGCUCAACAACGGCGUGGCAAGCUUCGUUUGUGCGGCAGUUGGCAAUCCCAAACCACAAAUCGAAUGGAGGAAGAAUGGAAAGAGGGUUACCACCCAGAGGUACACAGUUCAAGAAAUGCCCAAUGGAUCGGUGCUCAGGAUAGACCCCGUCAAAGCUGGCAGAGACGAUGCCACCUACGAAUGUGUGGCUGAAAAUGGAGUAGGAGAGCCAGAAAGGGCUCUUGCCACCCUAACUGUUUUGUCUGAAGAUCAAGUACCAAUCGGUUUCCCAAGAUUCACCAUACAACCUCAGAUCCAGGGUGUCGAAAAAGGACGCAAUGCCCUUCUACCCUGCAGGGCAGAAGGCACCACCCCUAUUACAAUCAGGUGGUUAAAGAGUUACAUCCCAGUGGAUAUGAGCGAACCUCGAUACUCUCUUGUUCAAGGAUCCUCUCUACAGAUCAUAGAAGCCGAAGAAGAUGAUCAAGGUAGUUACGAAUGUGUUGCUGACAAUGCGAGAGGAACAGCCGUUUCAGGGCCUGCUACACUUUACGUAAGAGUUCGGAGAGUGCCUCCUUAUUUUUCUAUACCCCCUGAACCAGUAUAUGAGGUAAUGCCGGGUUCGAACCUCAACAUCACUUGUGUAGCUGUGGGGUCACCGAUGCCCUAUGUCAAGUGGAAAAAAGGAAUGAUGGAUCUGACUUCUGAACAUGAUAUACCAAUUGGAAAAAACGUUCUACAAUUGACUGAUGUCCGAGACAGUGUUAACUACACGUGUGUUGCGGUUUCUAAGUUAGGCAGUAUAGAUGCUGUCACCCAGGUCCUUGUACAAGCUUUACCUCGACCACCGACAAGAGUACAGAUCUCUGACGUAACAGCCACAUCUGUACGCAUAUCAUGGUCGUAUGAUAUUGGCUCCGAGAAUAUCAUCUACUACGUUAUACAAUAUAAGCCAAAGCUAGCCAACCAAGACUACAGUGAGCUUAGUGGCAUCAAUACCAUGUUCUAUACAGUACGAGACUUGACUCCGUAUACAGAGUACGAAUUUUACGUCAUAGCCGUUAACGCCAUUGGAAGAGGUAGUCCAAGUCAAGCUGCCGUUGUAACAACUGGAGAAACAGUGGACUCCUCAGGAUCUAACAAACCAGGGAGUGCUCCCCGAAAUGUUCAGGCGACUCCUCUUAGUUCAAGUACAGUCGUCAUUCAAUGGGAUCCGCCAAAAGAACCAAAUGGUCAAGUGACCGGUUAUAAAGUUUACUAUACCACCAACCCCCAUGUUCCAGUUCAGGCAUGGCAAAGUCAAAUUGUAGAUAACAACCAAUUAACGACUAUAAGCGAUUUAAUGACUGACGCAAUCUAUUCUAUCCGAGUCCAGGCCUUCACCAGCAGAGGUCCCGGACCACUAUCGAAUACGAUACAAAUGAAGACUCAGUUGGGUGUACCUAGCCAACCAACCAAUUUACGAGCUGUUCCAACAUCAGCUACAACAGUACAGCUAUCGUGGACAAGACCAACUCAUACAGGCGAAAAUAUAAUCGGGUAUGAACUGUAUUGGAACGAUACUUUUAGCCAACAUGAGUAUCACAGGGAGAUCGAAUCAGAAUCUUAUACACUGGGAGAACUGUAUCCUGAUACUGAGUACUUCAUAUGGGUAGCGGCAAAAUCAAAAAGAGGCGAAGGUGCGGCUACUCCACCUGUUAAAGUGCGUACAGAGCAGUAUGCACCCACUGCCCCACCCCAAGAAGUGACCGGUGUCACGCUUAACUCACGCUCUCUGCGUAUCUCUUGGGAACCCCCACCCGAAAGCCAACAAAAUGGUCAUUUGGCUUUCUAUAAAGUCCUAUACUUGGAGUCGAAUAAGCCUCCGGAUCCGGCCACUGCCGCUAUCCGGCAAGUGGACGCCAAACAGACUUUUGUAGUUCUUGAUAACCUGACAACGUGGACGGAAUACAGAGUUUGGGUAUUGGCGGCAACUGCAGCUGGUGAAGGACCUCUUUCUGAAGCCAUUGUUUUAAAAACCGAUGAAGCAGUGCCGGGCAUGCCGAGAGAUGUUAAAGUUCGUGCCCUUAACAGUACAACAGUAGAGGUAAAAUGGGAACCGCCUGCAAACAGAGACCGAAACGGACUUAUCCGCGGCUAUCAGAUUCAUGUUCAAGAAAUGAAUCGAGAGGGAGAUCUUGUCAAUGAACCCAUGAGAUUCGACGUUGCCGAAGAGGAGGCAGAAGGUUACAACAUCACUGGUCUGCAACCAGCUACCAAUUAUUCCAUUCAAGUAGCCGCUGUGACAAGAAAGGGAGACGGUACCAGAAGUAGAGCUACAACAGUUCAAACACAAGGUGGAGUUCCAACAAAACCAGAGUUGACAUUACAACUAAUGAAAGAGGAUCCUCAGCCUGUAGUCCAAGUACAAUGGUCACGUCCAGCUCACACCUACGGUCAACUUUUGGGCUACAAAUUGAAAUACGGACGUACAGACGGAAAACAUUAUGAAGAAAUGGAUAUUAACCCUUUGGAAGACCAUACAUCUGUUAGCAAUUUAGAUCGGGGGACCAGAUACGAAUUCCGUUUAUCUGGGAGAAAUGCUCUAGGGUGGGGGCAAGAAUUUGUGGCCUAUUUUGACACCCCCGAAGGAGUCCCAACUGCUCCACCUCAGAAUUUGAGCCAUAAUCUUCAGAGUCCAACUACAGUCGUCAUAAGUUGGGAUCCACCCUUAGCUCAAUAUAGAAAUGGAAAAAUUCUUUAUUAUGGUGUUGAGUUCCAUAAAGCUCUGGAAAUGAAAACACCUGAACGUAACACAACAGCUACACGACUCGUAUAUAGUUCGUUAGAUGAGAAUACGGAAUAUGCAUAUCGUAUUCGAGCCUACACUUCAAGAGGUCCUGGCCCGUACAGCAGAGAAGUUCCCGUACAUACACCCGGUGAUGUUCCUACAGCUCCAACAAAUGUACAGGCAAUGGCCACAUCUGAAACGACAGUAGAAGUGUGGUGGGAUGAGGUGCCUUACUUUUUAGACAUCCUAGGUUACAAGGUCCUUUAUAGUUUGACGACAAUAGAGGAUCUGGACAAAUGGAAUGAAAAGGAGGUUCCUCUGACUUGGUCAGCAGAGCUGACUGGGCUGGACACACACGCUAUGUAUGCUAUCAGAGUGGCCGCUGCUACGAGACAAGGACUUGGGCGACUGUCAGAACUCAUCACUGUUCGAGUCACUCCUACAGAUGUUCCAAUGCAUCUUAGAGCUCAAGACGUAACAACGCAUAGCAUGUUACUGACAUGGAAGCCACCAACUAAGCUAGAUGCUGUUAUGUAUAAGAUUUCAUACAGUGCUCAUAAGGAAUUCUACGACAGCCAUGGCGUCCUUCAAGAACUCCCACUCCCUGCCAAGUCCGAACUCCAACCAGCUACCAUUACAGAACUGAAAGUGGACAAUCUCAUGCCUUUCACCAGUUACCAAGUCAAUAUCACGGCCAUUCCUCAAGAUGAGAGCUUCCGACCACCUGCUAAGAUCACUGUGACCACGGCCAUGGCUGCUCCCAAGCCAAUGGUGAAGCCGGACUCUUACGGAGUACACAACAACAUGGAGAUCUCCGUUGUUCUACCUCAAGCAUCUGAAGAGUACGGUCCCAUCAGUCAUUACUUCCUUGUCGUGGUUCCUGAUCAGUUUGCUUCAAAAGAACCUGAUGACUUUUCUAUAGAAGAGCUCACUGCCACCAGACCGGAUGAGACAGGUCCAUACGUAGCAGCGAAAUUCUUACGUAGGAGCAUGCCGGAAAAAUUCAACCUUGGUGACGGUAAAAUGCACUUGGGAUUUGUGAAUCGACACUUACUCCAUGGAGUCAAGUACAGAGUUUUUGUUCGUGCUGUUGUCGAUACACCACACAAAAGUCUUUACACCAGCAGUCCAUUCUCUGACAGUUUAAGUCUGGACAUGGCUGCUGCGCCCGGACAUCCGGUCGUGGUGGGCAGCGGUGGGAUGUGGGACAAGACUGACCGACCGGACAUUUCGGAGAUAGACGGGAGUGCGGAGGAGGCCGGAGUGAUCUGGAUCGUGGCGCCUGUUCUGCUCCUCCUCAUCAUCAUCACUUUCGUCGUCGUCUUAGUGCUCCUCAGGAGGCGACGUCAACUUGCUAAACAACCUGCAGGCGAAACAACUAUGAAACUGCUGAUGAACGUUCAAGAUCGUGAAAUGGUUGCACAUCCUACAGAUCCCGUGGAAAUUCGGCGGAUGAAUUAUCAGACACCAGCCAUGCUCAGUCAUCCCCCUAUACCUGUAUCAGAACUAGCCAAUCACAUUGACCGAUUGAAGACUAAUGACAACAUGCUCUUUUCUCAGGAAUAUGAGUCUAUUGAGCCAGGACAACAGUUUACGUGGGAGAACUCAAAUCUUGAGAUCAACAAGCCAAAGAAUCGUUAUGCCAAUGUGAUUGCUUACGACCACAGUAGAGUGAUACUUCAACCAUUGGAUGGAAUACCUGGUUCAGACUACAUUAACGCCAACUACUGUGAUGGGUAUCGUAGACCGAAAGCUUACAUUGCAACUCAGGGGCCUUUACCGGAAACAUUUGGCGACUUCUGGCGAAUGGUUUGGGAGCAAAGAAGUGCUACUAUAGUCAUGAUGACUAAAUUAGAAGAAAGAACUAGAAUUAAAUGCGAUCAGUAUUGGCCAAAUCGAGGAACAGAAACUUAUGGAGUGAUGUAUGUAUCUUUUGCCGAUAUUGUCGAACUAGCAGGCUACUGCAUCAGGACAUUUUAUCUACAGAGGGUCGGAUUUCCUGAAAAACGAGAAGUCAGGCAGUUCCAGUUCACAGCCUGGCCGGAUCACGGUGUUCCUGAUCACCCCACCUCAUUCCUUAUGUUUCUGCGUAGAGUGCAAGCCAUGAAUCCCAUGGAUAUGGGACCCAUUAUUGUUCACUGCAGUGCUGGCGUUGGCCGAACGGGUUGCUUCGUAGUGAUAGACUCAAUGCUGGAGAGGCUGAAGCACGAGACCACAGUGGACAUCUACGGACACGUGACGUGUCUCAGAGCUCAGCGUAACUACAUGGUUCAGACGGAGGACCAGUACGUCUUCACCCACGACUCCGUCCUGGAGGCUGUCAUAGCGGGUGUCACAGAGGUCCCCGCUCGUAGCCUCUAUACACAUAUACAACAGCUCCUGCAAGUCAUCCACGGAGAAGGAUGUACCGGCAUGGAGCUUGAAUUUAAAAAACUCAGCAUAAUUAAUGGUAAAUCUAUAAAAUUCGUGAGUGCCAAUCUACCAGUUAACAAAUUUAAAAACAGACUAAUGAAUAUACUUCCAUAUGAAUCCACGCGAGUGUGCCUGCAGCCAAUUAGAGGAGUAGAUGGGUCAGACUAUAUCAAUGCUAACUAUAUAGACGGAUAUCGUGAUAAAAAUGCUUAUAUAGCAACGCAGGGUCCCCUGGCGGAGACCACCGAAGACUUUUGGAGAAUGCUGUGGGAACACAACUGCAACAUUAUAGUCAUGCUAACCAAAUUAAAAGAGCUUGGAAGGGAGAAGUGCCAUCAGUACUGGCCAAAUGAGAGAUCUCAAAGGUACUUAUACUAUGUUGUAGAUCCAAUCACAGAAUACAACAUGCCUCAAUACAUACUGAGAGAAUUUAAAGUAACAGAUGCCAGGGAUGGCCAAUCUAGAACAAUCAGACAAUUUCAUUUCACAGACUGGCCAGAACAAGGGGUGCCCAAAUCUGGUGAAGGUUUCAUAGAAUUCAUUGGUCAAGUACAUAAAACAAAAGAACAGUUUGGUCAAGAAGGUCCCAUCACAGUUCAUUGCAGCGCUGGCGUUGGUAGGAGUGGUGUCUUCAUUACCCUCAGCAUAGUCUUGGAGAGGAUGCAGUUUGAAGGAGUAGUCGAUAUAUUCCAAUCUAUCCGCAUAUUACGCACACAAAGGCCUGGCAUGGUUCAGACAGAAGACCAAUACCAGUUCUGUUACCGUGCUGCUCUGGAAUACUUGGGUUCAUUUGAUAACUACGCCAAUUGAAAAUGAAGAAAAAAAAUAUGAACACUUGCCAAGGAACCGCACCCUUCCUCAAUCUUCCAUCUAAUCACAAAACAGGGUAGCAUGGUCACUCAAGUGGUCGCUGAAGAGGGGCAGCGUCGUGAAAUUGCAAUUUCUUCAGUUGGUCUCGGUGGCGAUUCCAACGUGUUGCACAAUCAGCUGUUCUUCUGAGUAUAUAAUUCUUCGACCGAGGCUGCUUCUUCGUCAAAAAAGUCCCUCCAGAAAGACCGAAGCAGCGGCCUUUGCCAAGUUCCUUUUCGUUCGUUCGUCUCUAACAUCAAAAUAUUCUAAAGCAUGUGUUUUAUUUUUCCUCUUCAGAACUUCGAUACGAUAAAUUUGUGUAAAAAGUGCUAUUGUUUUCACGACUUAUAAAUAAAAAAGAAAACUUCAUAAAUUAUAAAUCAAUUUAGUGGUGCUCUUCUAAUUCUGGGCCUUUUCCGGCCCACGCUGAAAAGAAACUAUUAUUAAGACUCUUACAUAUAUCCGGUUGGUGAUAAAUAUAUAUUGUUGUUUGAAGAUAUUUCUGUUCGUUUUAUGAAGAUUUAAAUGUAUGUGCAUUUAAAGUGUUUGUUGGCACACAAAGAAAUGUUUUCAGCUACUUUUUAUUGAUGUUUUUCAAAACACAGAGUGAUUUUAAACUAGAGGACAAUUCUAAUUAAAGACUUUGCCAUGUU